GCAGUAAAAGUUAAAAAAAUUUCGUCAGAAAAACAAUGUAUUUUAAACCAGCUCCAGAUGCUGUACCCAAUCAGGAAGGAAUUAAGCGUUAUUUUGUCGUACAAUAUUUCAGUUUUGCCGCUGUGGGUAUUGAUCCCACCUCAUUGGAAAGAACAAUUGUCAGUUCGUGUAUAGCUUGGGGGCCAAUGAUGUCUCUGCUGUUUCUCUGUUUUCCCAUUGUCAUCUAUGCCAGUCAAUAUAUAACCGAUUUGAAACUAGUGACAGAUGCUUUAUCGCCCAUUUGGCAAGCAAUUUUGUCUAUAAUGAAAUUAAUGUAUUUUAUUUGGAAUAAGGAAAAAAUUGUCAAAUUGGUGCGUAAAAUAUGGCUGUUGAAUGUGAAAGCCACUGAUGAAGAAUUGAAAAUAUUAUAUGAGGAGAAUUGUAUAGAUACAAAAUUUUCCACGGUUUACUAUAUAGUUGUUUUUACAACCGGUGUUUUGGCUGCAGUUUCGCCAUUUGUUAUAGCAAUUUUCUAUCAUCUAAAGGGAAAAGGGUUUCGGGAGAAUUUGGAUCCUCCACUUAAAGCAAUUUACUUUCUAGACACCAAUACCCAUUUGGGUUAUGCUAUUGCAUAUCUUUGGAAUAUAUCCGGUAUUUAUUUUUUAAUCAAUGGAAAUCUCGCCAUUGAUUCGUUAUACUCUUGGUUGAUGCACAAUGUGGUGGCACAAUUUCGGAUUCUCAAAUUACACUUUAAAACCGAUGCCAAUACGGUUCGUCAUUGGGGAGAUGAAGAAGAAUUUCGCCAGCUAAUGGUUGAUCGUAUAAAACAUCAUCGUCGUGUUAUUGAGUUGGCGGAAAAUUUUAAUGAUGUCUAUAAGAUUAUAGUUUUCAUAAAAUUCACCAUUAGUUUUAUACAAAUAGCAUUUCUGGCCUAUCAAUUUGCCCGGGGACGUGAACUGUCAGCCCAGUUAUUUCAUUUAUUCUUUUUGAUAUCGGUUGCCUUGCAGUUGAUAUUGUAUUGCAAUGGUGGACAAAGGAUUAAAGAUGAGAGCACUUCGGUGUCUGUUUUCAUUUAUGAUUCUUUCAAAUGGCAUGAUUUGAGUAUAAAAACCAAAAAGUUAUUACUUUUGUCUUUAAUGAGAGCUCAGAAACCUUGUAAUGUGACAGGAGUGUUUUUUGAGGCCGAUUUAAGUUUAUUUUUAUGGGUUUUCAAAACUGCUGGCUCUUAUAUCACUAUGCUAUUGACACUCGAGGAAAAGGAAACGACUUGAAAGGGGAAUAAAUAAUUAAGUUUAUUCGCG